UCUUCGAGCCACGCCGCCGACGAACCUCUCGACGCCAUUAUUCUCCCCCUUUCUCGUCACCGUCACGGCCGUCUCUCUCUCUCUCUCUCUCUCUCUCUACCCGUCCCCUCUGUCUCAGCCGCCAUCCUUUCUCCUCUCUCGCUGCCUUCUGGAUGAUAAGGAUAAGGUAGUCUUGGAAUCAUUCAAUCGUUUAAUGCGCUAUCUAUCCCUUGAACCCUUGUGCAAGCCAUAUAUGUUUCUCCCACCUUUUGCUGAUGUGCACCUGCUGAUCAAAGGAAGGAGACACAGUCAUGUUGCUGCAUGCACAUAGGACUAGACAAAGGAGCACUGAUAUCUAACGUUGUGGCACAUGAUUCAAUCUACUCUUGCUCUUCACUGCAAGUCCAUAACGGGUAGGCGUAUUAGCUGUCUUCCGUUUUGGAAUUUGGCAUUCUACCACCAAGCUGAUGAACUUGGCAGUGAAGAGUUGCUGCCAUCAGAAUGGUACAGAGCAGCUGCUGCUAAAAUAAUCAGACUGACACAUGUUCUAAAAGAUGUCAAGCAGAUAGAUGGAAGGAUAAUCAGCAUCAAUGACAGCGCUGUCAUUACAGAUGACCAUAUCAUCAGCCAUAUGGAGACCUUCAAGUCGCUUGCGAAAGCGUUCAUCGAGCCUACCACAUUGCAGCUCUCCCAAAGGAAGACAAAUGCACUGGCUGCACCACUCAUAUCUCCAAAACUUUUCUGUAGAGCGAGUGAAAGGAGCUCGAUGACGCUGAUUUCACUUACCCAAGUUUGUAACUUCCUUAAUGUCUCAGUUCAGAAGAGGAAGCAUGUUCGUUUGGCACUAUGUCCGCAAGUUACACAACACAGUAUUUGGUGGGGAGUGCUUGAGGAGGUUCUCCAAGACUUGAAACAUGAGAUGGACUGCUUAGCAUGCCAUUCUAAGGCUUUCGAGAUGGGUGAGCAGAUACUAUUCAGCUGUAUAAAGUUUUUGACAGAUAUCAAGGGUUCAAGUGCUUCCUCCCCGUCGUGGAUGCGACCAGCCCCUUCGAAUAAGGUCGAGAAGUCGCUGCCAUCACGCAAAUGGGAAGAAGUUCUUGAUAUGUUUGUUGAUCUCUCGAAGGUCUUGGGCCAAGAGCAGAACUUGACAUAUCACCUCUCCAAGCUUGAUAUCAUGAAAGAAGGAUUGUACCAAAUCAAGGAUAUUCUGGUUGAGAGAGACAUUAGUCACAAGGAAGUUCGACGGCAGGACUACCUAGUCCAGAAGAAGUUUACAAAGUGCUUGGGGCACUCUUCCAAGUGUUUGUUCACUCUAUUGCUGUAUUAUCUGCAUGGAACCAUCAGAGAUAUUGAAGUUGAGGUUAGUGGAGGGAUUUACGAGUGUGGUGGUACUACAUACUUGUACAUUGGAAAGAUCUUACAUUCUUCUGAUGAAGGGUCAAUAAGGAGUGGGAUUAUGCAGCUGAACAGAGCUUUGAGUGUUUACCAGCUUGUGUGGCAAACAGCAGCUAUGGAUGGAGUAUUGGAGUUGCAAGGACAUCUUUGGUGUCCUGAGGCCGAGGAAAGGUCUCUCACAUACAGAGGGAAUGUGUAUCACAUUCACAGGUUAAGCCAUGUCAGCAUGUGAUCAUCAACAACACUGGCAUGCGUCUGAUCAGCAUCCACUUCAGUGUCUGAUCAACACAUCCUUCAUUGGCUACGCCACCAGAUCCAUGGUGCCAUGACCUCCUGACUUCCCAGAUCAGAUUUGGUUUGGGUAACCUCUCACCGACCUAUAAAUGUGGGGCUCUCUUGUAAUUUCAUCUAUAGAAAUAUAUUCUACUUUCCCCAUCUCAUAUCAUAGCCUAACUUAAGAGUCCGAGUGGUGUUUUCUGUAACGUCCUUGACAUAAGUUUUGCAAGUUGGAUGCCUGAGUUGGCAUCCUUGAAAGCUUCAUAUAUUUUAGAGGAUAGUGGGAAGUUGUUAAAAGGGAACUUUUGAUAUUCUAUAAAAUUGAUUUUGUGGUAGAAGAGCUGCUGCAUUACUGGAAGAUUCUUAUUAGUAUCAUCCGGAGCUUUGUAAGAUGGUGAGGUAGCUUACUUGUUGUCAAAUGCUUGAUAAAUAACAAUUUAGAACUCUGGAUCCUAUGUUAUUGCUUACACUUGUGGGAUUGCAGUAUUUUGUGUGGUAAAUAAUGCCUAUUAUUGAAACCAAUACCGAUCUGUACCAUGUAUUAUCAUUUGAAUAACUGAUCAGUUCCGUCUUCGAUGUCGGACCUUUGUUAGAUCAAAAUUUUAGUGAAUAUAUUGUCUUAACUGUGAGGUUAAAUCACUCCAUCUUUUUGA